AUGUCUGCGUCUGGUCAAGUUUUGCACGAACGUGCCCGAUCAUUAUUAGCGUUAAUAGAUGGUCUGCAAAUUGAAAAUGAUUUAGCAAGUUCUCGACGAACAUUAGAAGAAUGGCGAACGGAAAUGUUUUCGUUGAUAAAUAACAUACAUUUAAGUACGAUGAAUAAACUCGAUUCAUUAACAGGUCGUUUGAAUCAAUUGAAACAACGACAUUCAGCUGUAUUAACUCAAGAUAUUAUACCUAAUCUGAGUAAAACGGUUGUCGAACGACGAAAGAGUCUAUCCGAUCAAGAAUAUAACGAUCUGAAGACAAAAAUAACAAAAAUCGAUACGCAUUUACAAAUUUUCGGACGAUUGUUAACGAAAAUAACAAAUGACGAGAAAAAACUAACUGAACAAGUUGAUGUACUUAAAAAUAUUCAACGUGAAAACACCGAAUUAUCUCAACUCGAUAAGAUCUCCACACCCUCACGCCGAUUUCUUCUUCAUUCAAGCCAUUCACCUUACGUAGCUGUGUCCGACAAUAAUCAGAUAUUAAUCGAAGAUGAUGAUCAUCUAGUUUUUUUCGACGAGGAACGUCGAAUCAAUGAAAUUCCAUGGCAAAAGCAAAACGAUGAUGCAUUUAUUGGUUCAAUCAAAGACAUAGUUUAUUCGAACUAUCUCGAACAGUUUUGUGUCUUAUCAUCAGUGAGUUUCUUUACGAUUGAUCCACGUAUGUCAACAUUAGAUCGCAGUGAACAAAUCAAACCUAGCACAGGUAAACAACAUACUCUAAUGAACUGUUAUAUUUGUUGGUAUAUUCGCUUAGGUAGUCAUUUUCAAUCGAUAGCUUGUCUUCCCAAUGCAUCCGAUGCAUUUUUCGCUCUGACAACAUCCGGUUCUCGUACGAACAUCGAACGUUGGUCAUUCUUAUCCGGUUCAUUAGUAAAACGAUGGUAUCACGAUAUAUUCGAAUCAGAUGAUCGACUUAUUUCAUGUAUACGUGCUAAUGAUACAUGUUUAGCUAUUUGUAUAAAACAACAAAGAACUGAACGACAUUCUCAUCAAACCAACGAACAUUGGCGUGUGGAUGUCUUUGAUUUUACACUUGUACGAAUGUAUCGAGGUAUUAACUUGAAAUCCGGUGGAUUAGGAAUGUACAUAACACCGUUCGACGAUCGUUCGUGGUUAGUGAUCAAUGGAAAUGACGUCUGGCUACUCGGAGAACAAGGCGAAUGUGUCGAAGAAAGGCACGUACAUAAUCGAGAACAAGUACAUAAUAUUAUUGUUCGCGAUGAAGAUAUUCAUGGACAGAGACAGUUCAUUGUCAAAAUGGGACAGCCUGCAGAAUUGCGUGUAAUUUACAACCAUUCGCGCCUCUAUUGUAUAUUAGUUCAUACACAUUCGUCCCACGAACGAUUUAUUCAAUUGAGCAAUUUAACAUGGGGAAAGAAUUGUUAUAAAAUUGGUGUAGCAAGAUUUCGAAAAGUGCAGAAAUCCGAUGACGAUUUCGAUAUUCCGCAACUGUCGUACUAUGUUAAUUUAUGGACACGUGUUCUGAUAGCAAUUCGAAAUUCGGUUAGUUCGUAUGACUUCAUAUCGAAUAAUGAUAUAUUGCUGAUCGUACCUGCACCAACAUUUGUCUUCCGAGAAAAGCUAUCAACGCUACUCAAUAGUUCAUCAUACGAUGCACAGUAUCCAUUUAUUGUCGUUCAUGAGCAACACGAAGGCAAUGCUUAUGUACUCAACGGCCAAGCGCUAAAUCUCGUACGGCAUACAGAGCUGAUGGAUCAAUGUUUACGUCAUUUACAUCCAACUGCCCGCGAACGACAUUUAUGGAAGUGUGUUCAAGGUGCCUUGCAUGAAAAAUAUCUCGAUAAUCCAUGUAAAAAUGAUCAAUGUUACAUUCAGUAUCACGAAGAUCAUAUCACAUUAGCACAUAUCAAGAAUGGAUAUUGUUACGGUGACUACCUUCAUACAUGUCGAUCCAUAGCUCUGCUUUAUCCGACGAGUCUUGGUGAUUUCAUAACAUUAGAGUUUUUUCGAUAUAGACUGAAAGCAAAAUCAUCACAAGAUUUAUUAUGA